UAUCAUGGGGAAUCACCAAGCUGAGUAAUCUGAGGGAUUCUGAUAAUGUGGAUUUCAUUACAUACCAACUAUCAACCAUAACUCUCUCUGGAAAUGACACCCAGCAUUGGAAUAACGUGCCCCCGGCUGCAUUUCUCAGACUUGCGGAGAUAAAGCAGCACUGACCCCUGCGCCAUUGUGGACGGCUUCAUGUAAGGUCACCUUAGAGAACAAUGGCUGGAAGAUGACUCCUUUAUAGAUGCUGCCGGGUGUGAGUGAAGAAAGAUACACACCCUGCUGCUUUGAUAUGGAUUAGGGUCUCUCUUUAUGCCCCGGGCUUUAUAGACUCCAUCAAUCCGGGAUUUUUGCUACAUCAGCAGCUCCUUCCCCCUCCUAGCCCCGGGAGGCAGCGGCAGCAGCCGCAGGUACUGAGCCCAUGCGCCGCAUCCCUGGUUAUGUGAGCCUGGGUGUAAGCGGACGGGGAACGCCGCAUCAGCACCGCCAGCUAUAAUAACUAGGAAUAAGCAGCAGAGCCCCGGCUCGGACUGGAUGCAGUAGCCGCUGACUAGCACGAUGAUAGUACCCCAGCAGCAGCGCUGUGUAUUCCCAGCUGUGCAGAGCAGGAGGGUCUGAGCCCGGCGCUGCUGCUGCUCCCAGCGUACGUUGCCUAGUGACAGGUGGAUGGGAGAGCUGGGAGUGGCACUGCUGCUGCUGCUGCCUCGCUUUGUAGCUGCACACAGCGCCGGCACACUGCAUCCUGGUCGGGCAGGGAGAGCAGACUUCUCUGGGAAAUGCUUUUUUGGCUUAAGGAAGAAGAGAUGUCACAUCACGAGCUCACGCAGCGGCUGUCCACGGUCAUCACUCAUGUCGAUGAAAUCAUGCAGCAAGAAAUCAGGCCUCUGCUUGCUGUCGAUAUCAUGGAGCAGCUUCACAGACAGUUUGCUACCCUGCCAGGAGGAAGAGGGAACGAUGGAGCACCUAUUAUAACCUUUCCCGAAUAUCCCAGCUUUACCGAGAUUCCUGAUGAUGAUUUUUUGAAUGUUGUUACCUAUUUAACAAGCAUACCCAGUCUCGAGGCAGCCAGCAUUGGGUUCGUCAUCAUCAUCGACAGACGGAAGGAUAAAUGGAGCUCAGUCAAAGCAUCUCUGACUCGUAUAGCUGGAGCUUUUCCUGGCAACCUACAACUGGUUUUUGUAUUGCGCCCAUCUCGUUUCAUUCAAAGGACCAUUGCUGACAUCGGCAUUAAACUCUACAGGGAUGACUUUAAAAUGAAGGUACCGAUUAUUAUGCUUAACUCUGUUUCGGACCUUCUUGGAUACAUUGACAAAAGUCAAUUAACCAUUGAGCUUGGAGGCACUUUGGAAUACAGCCAUAGUCAAUGGAUAAAGCACAGAACUGCAAUUGAGAGCUUUGCUCAAGUUGUGAAAACUACAGCCCAGAGUUUGCAGACAUUUGGAACAAGCCUAGCAGAAACUGAACUUCCAAAUGAUGUCAAUUGUACAGAGGAGCUACUUUUGUCUCAUACAGAACAUCAGACCAAGCUGAAAGAUGACUUAAAGCUAGCAGUGCAACAAGGUGGGACUCUACUCACAUGUAUAAAGGAGCCAGUGUCCAAAGACCCGAACUGCAAACUGACACCGGAUGAGCUAGAGAACAUGGCUACUGUUGAAAGGUUACUGGCUCAGCUGGAUGAAACAGAAAAAGCGUUUGAUCAGUUCUGGUGCCGUCAUCAUCUGAAGUUAGAACAAUGCUUGCAGCUGCGACACUUUGAGCAUGGUUUCAGAGAGCUGAAGCUUACUCUGGAUACACUGAUGGAUGUGCAAGCUGCUUUUACAGACAUAGGAGAUAGUAUGGCACGGGUGGAGCAACUUCUCAAGGAGUUAAAGCAACAGGAGGAGAGAGGACAGGGGGUACUGGAAAAAGCUCAGUUGCAUGCACUUCAUGGAGAUCAGCUGAUACAUAAUAACCACUAUGCGGUGGACUCUAUAAGGCCAAAAUGUAUAGAACUGAGACGCAUCUGUGAUGACUUCACCAAUGAGACCAAGAAAAAGUAUGACAUCCUGGGAAAAUCAUUGGAGUUACAUCAGCAACUCGAUAGGGCUAACCAGUGGUGUGAAGAUGGAAUCUACCUUCUGGCUUCUCAAGCUGUGGACAAAUGCCAGUCACAAGAUGGCGCAGAAUCAGCUCUACGAGAUCUUGAGAAGUUCAUGGGAAGCUCAAGAGGGCACCAGCUGUCUAAUCCAACUGAUUUCUAUCGCAAGUACGAUAUGAUCAUCACCCCUGAAGUCAAGGCUUGUGUUCAGAAAGUGCUGCAGAAGUUGGCUGAUAUUCAGGAAAUGUUUGAGAAGAGACAAGCAAGUUUAAAGAAAUUGGCAGCGAAACAAACAAGGCCUGUACAGCCAGUGGCUCCACAUCCUGAGUCCUCUCCAAAGAGGGCAUCUCCUAAAGCACCUAGGCCAACGUCACUCGCCACAACUCGAAAAGCACCGGAUGUUCCCUGUGUUCCUCCAAAAUCGCUCUCUGAAGCCGAUCUGUCUCGGAAAAGGAAUAAUAAGAAAACUAAAGGUGGAAUAAAGAUUGAAGUCAUGCAUGAAGCAAGUCAAGGCGGGACAAGCAGACCACUAGUAAUGAGUGAAAGUGAGGAAAACCUCUGUACACGAAAAAGUCAUAUCAUUAAUGAGUUAAUAGAAACAGAACGAGUUUAUGUUGAGGAACUUCAAAGUAUCAUAGAGGGCUAUGCAUCAUCGCUGGACAAUCCUGAAAUGAAUCCUUUAAUUCCUGUAGUAUUACAGAACAGCAAAGAUGUGCUUUUCGGAAAUCUUCCUGAAAUCUAUGAAUUUCACAAAAGUACUUUUCUAAAAGAGCUGGAAAAGUGUACUGAAAAUACAGAUUCACUUGGAAGAUGUUUUUUAAAAAGGAAGGAAGACCUUCAAAUUUAUGAGAAGUAUUGCCAAAAUAAGCCAAAAUCGGAAGCACUUUGGAGACAGUGUGCUGAGAGCAUCUUUUUCCAGGACUGUCAACGGAAACUGGAUCACAAACUGUCAUUAGAUGCUUAUCUUUUGAAACCAGUGCAGAGAAUCACCAAGUACCAGUUGCUUUUGAAGGAAAUGUUGAAGUGUAGCAAAAAUUCUGAAGGCACAGCUGAAUUAGAGGAAGCACUUGCUACUGUGCUGGAUAUCAUCAAAUCUGUGAAUGAUUCCAUGCACCAAAUAGCCAUUACUGGAUAUGAGGGGGAUCUUGGAGAGCUUGGCAAGCUACUCAUGCAGGGUUCCUUCAACGUGUGGACUGACCACAAGAAGGUACACAAUAAAGUAAAAGAUCUGGCAAGGUUCAAGCCCAUGCAGAGGCACCUGUUUCUGUAUGCUAAAACCCUGCUCUUCUGCAAGAAGAGGGAGGAGAGCACAGAGGGACAUGAGAAAUCCCCUUCAUAUAGCUUCAAGCAUGCACUAAAGAUGAGUUCUGUUGGUAUAACUGAAAAUGUAAAGGGAGAUAACAAGAAGUUUGAAGUGUGGUUCAAUGGCAGAGAAGAAGUGUACAUCAUACAGGCAUCAACUGUUGAGUUGAAAAACCUUUGGGUUUCUGAGAUUAGAAAAGUACUAACUGGGCAACUGGAAGCAUGCAGAGAAGCCAGUCAGUUGCAUCAGAGGAUAACCGAAAGUGUGUAUCAUGCACCUAUGAAUUCUUCUAUUUCCAGGUCAAAUAAAACAUCUUUGAACAAUCAAACCAAAGCGGAAUCAUCCAGCCAUAAUGCAUCAAAUAACAAGAAUAGAUCCUCAAGUCCAGCUGGUAGGCAUAAAAAAGCCGAUAUUCCUGCCAGUCAUAACCUUGAGCGCUCUGCGCUUGCUAGAAAGAGAUUCACAUUACAGGGUCUUUCGAACCGCAGAGUUCCGCCCAAAGAGUCCGAAUCUAAGGAGAAAGAAGUUACUCGCCGCUUUUCCUUAGCUUCCUCUAUCAGUUCAACAGCUAUUAGAGUUCCUGCUCGGCCUAAAGGUCCACUUGGUCCAGAUGUGAAAACCAAGAGACAUGAGAUAAAGAGUGACCCAACGCCCCUGGGUCUUGAAGGUUGGCCAAGGCAUCUGAAUUCCUUGGAAACAUAUGAAGAUUUUUCCACCAUUCCUUCCAGCAAUGAUGAACUUUCAAAUUCUUCGGAUAUUGAAGAAGAACCCACUAAUACCAAAGGCACUAGUCUUUUUUGCGUUGAAAGCAGUUUUGAGACAUGCUCACCUUCAGCAUUUCCACUACAGCAGGGGGAUGUCGUACAGCUUCAACGGUGUGGAGAAAAUGGACAGUGGUUGGUGAAAGAACUAGUUUCAAAACGGAAAGCCUGGGUACCAUCCAGUAUAUUAACACCAAUAACUGCUGUUAAUCUCUGUCAGAAAGAUAACAGUGCAGCUUACAGUGACACUUGUCAGAUGACAGUGGCAUCUACCAGUAUGAAAGAGAAAAAUAAUGAACGUACAAGAAGUCUUGCAGCGGAACAGAAGGCUGUAAGUUGAACACAUGAGCUGACAUAAUUUUACUUAGCAGUGUAAGUGAUCUGUAAUCGAGUCCAAGCUGCCUCAGAUCCGUGUUGCCUAACCUGGAUCUACAGAUUAGCACAAAAGGGAUGCUGCUUGAAGUUGCGUAGCUUUGAUCAGCAGGAGACAACAUUCGCACAAAAUACUUGUACAUGUUGUGUUCUACAGUGGCCUAUAUUAGGUCUCCAGCGCAGAGGAAUAUGAACUAUGCACUUGGCUCUCUGCAGCUCCUUGUUUCCCGGCAUUGGCAAACUCUUUUCUCCUGUAUAUUGCCCUCUUCUCAUUUACUUGAUUUUAUUUCUUGUUAAAUGCACAGAUUAAAGCUUUACUGCUGGAAUGUUACAGAAGCACCUUGUAAAAAUGUCUACAAAUCCAAAUUCUGUGCAACUUUUUUCAGGUGUUAAACAUGUAUUGCAUCCAUAACACUAAUUUGUAAGUGUAAAUAAGGAGAUGCAAGAUGUACUAUAAUUUCUUUGUAUUUAUUUCCUGUUUAUGUACGUUUGUUGUGGCUUGUUCUUCCCAAGAAUAUAUUAUCAAUUUGCUAAAUUUACAAAAUUACCAUGGCCAACGUUUAACUGCAAAAGAGUGAUUUGCACUUGAAAUCCCAGCUUUCAACUACAGUUUAAAGCUACGUGAUAAAGAAAGGGGUAUUUGACUCAGGGUCGACAGUGUCUAGGUCAACAUACAUUAGGUCAACGCCUAUUGGUCGACAGUGACUGGGUCGACACGGCCAUUAGGUCGACGUUGAAAAAGGUCGACAUGAGUUUUUUAUGUUUUCUUGUCGUUUUCGUCAUAAAGUGACGGGGAACCCCAGUUAGUGCACCGUGCCCCCUCGCACCGUGCCCCCUCGCAUGGCUCGCUUCGCUCGCCAUGCUUCGGGCAAGGUGCCUCGCUUUGCUAGGCACAGGUUACUAUUCCCAAUUGUGGUCCACGUGGAUCGUAAAGUAUGAAAAAGUUAAAAAAAAUUAUUUUAAAAACAAACAAAACACAUGUCAACCUUUUUCCAUGUUGACCCUGUUCAUGUUGACCUAAUGGUCGUGUCAACCUAUUUCCUGUGUCGACCUACUCAAUGUCGACCAAUAGGUGUCGACGUAAUGUGUGUCACCCUAGACAGUGUCGACCUAGAGUCCGGAUACCAAAGAAAGGUAUUUCAAUGUCCACUCCAUUAUAGCUCCAUAGUUACAGAGAAUCGUCACUUGAUACCCAGCCCGUGAAGAGAUUAUUUAUUACUAAUGGGAACAACAAGCAAUUGAAAUUAGUGUGUACAACUUUUGCCAGUAUUUCUACUACUGCUACAUGUUUUUUAUAUUUUAAAUAUUGUGCCAUGGCCAUUGUACUGUAAGACAUGUACAACAUAGAGAGCCAUCAACAUUUCUGAAAUAAACGAAACACUGCUAAGUACUGUACAUGGUCGUUGAAUAUUCUUCGGACUUCUGUGAAUGUUCUUUAAAGAUUCAGCUCUCACAAGUACAACACUAAGAUAAUUUCCUGUGUAUUUCAAGUGUAGAAUGUUUUAAUUGUUUCACAGGGAAUAACACUAUCCUGGAAAACCUGAUUUGAGGGUUACACACUUAUUUCCAACUGAAAGUAUGUAUAUAUUGCUGUAAAAUCUUUUUUCACCUUAUUAAAUUAUAAAUGCUUCAUUACAUUUGA